AGAUUGCCACUACUUCUACCGUAGCGCUUUGCGCCUCUUGUCCAUUUGCACAUUCGUCUGCCCUCUACACGCCUAACUAACUGCUUCUCAUGGCAGCUCGCACUUUUUCCACACCAAGUUCGUUGAACGAGUCCUUGGCAACCGCCGCCGCCAUGACGGGCAGCGAAGCCGACUCCGCAGCACGCUCUGUGGCCUCGGCGAGGGACAGUACGCAAUCCUUCCCUUCUGAGGCAAAGGACCCCUUGAAGUAUAGCGGUGCCAACGACUCUAAACCGGGCAUCACCUUUGCUCACGAAGGGAAGCUCCCGAGGCUACCCAUUCCGGAAUUGGAGAGUACAUGCAACAAGUAUCUUGCUGCACUGAAGCCUCUGCAGAGUCCGCGCGAGCACAAUGAAACCGUAGUGGCUGUCAACGAGUUUCUCAAGCACGACGGUCCGGCAUUGCAAGAGAAGCUAAAGAAGUAUGCAGCAGACAAGGGAAACUACAUUGAGCAGUUUUGGUACGAUUCCUAUCUGAACUUCGACAAUCCCGUGGUGCUCAAUCUGAAUCCCUUCUUUUUACUCGAGGACGACCCCACCCCAGCCCGCAACAAUCAAGUCAACCGCGCAGCUUCUCUCGUAGUCUCAGCACUGUCGUUUGUUCGCGCCGUGCGACGAGAGGAGUUGCCCCCAGACACGGUUCGUGGCACGCCGCUUUGCAUGUACCAGUACUCUAGGCUGUUUGGUACCGCGAGAAUUCCUACCGAACACGGCUGCCAGAUUGGGCAAGAUCCCACCUCCAAGCACAUCGUCGUCCUUUGCGAAGGCCAGUUCUAUUGGUUCGACGUUCUUGACGACAACUCGGACCUCAUCAUGACCGAGAAGGACAUUGCGCUCAAUCUCCAAGUCAUCAUCGAGGACGCGGAAACGAUUCCCAUCCAGGAUGCUGCUAAGAGUUCCUUGGGAGUGCUGACUACGGAAAACCGGAAGGUAUGGUCCGGACUUCGCGACCUCUUGCACAGGGAGGAGGGCUCCAACAAUUCCGAUUGCCUCAACAUUGUCGAUUCUGCCUUGUUCGUGCUCUGUCUCGACUACACUGAGCCGCAGACCGAGGCCGACCUGUGCAUGAACAUGCUGUGCGGAACCAGCAAGAUCGAAAGGGGAGUCCAAGUGGGCACAUGCACGAACCGGUGGUACGACAAGCUGCAAAUCAUCGUGUGCAAAAACGGAAGUGCAGGCAUCAACUUUGAACACACUGGCGUCGACGGCCACACCGUGCUCCGCUUCGCCUCGGACUUGUAUACGGACACCAUUCUGCGCUUUGCGAAAACCAUCAACGGAGGCGCGCCCAGUCUGUGGGCAACGAGCAGCCCGGACCCGGCCAAGCGGGAUCCCGAUAGCUUUGGAGAGGUACAGACUACCCCCCACAAGCUGGAAUGGGACAUGAUUCCGGAGCUCGUAACUGCUCUCCGCUUUGCAGAGACGCGCCUGGCCGACCUGAUUCAGCAGAACGAGUUUGCAACGCUAGACUUCUCCGCCUAUGGCAAGAACUUUAUGACGAGCAUGGGCUUCUCGCCGGAUGCCUUUGUGCAAAUGGCUUUUCAAGCCGCCUACUACGGCCUCUAUGGCCGCAUGGAGUGCGUCUAUGAGCCUGCUAUGACCAAGUUUUUCCACCACGGACGCACCGAGGCAAUUCGUAGCGUCACUGAAGAAUCAGUCGAGUUUGUAAAGACGUUUUGGGGAGACAACCCCCCGGGCCAAAAGGUGGAAGCACUCCGCAAGGCUUGCCAAAAGCACACGGAGAACACGAAAGUUUCGGCCAAGGCGCAAGGCUGCGACCGUCACCUGUACGCCCUCUACUGCAUCUGGCAGCGAGCCAUCGACCAGGUGACCCACGACAUGGAAAGCACUGACGGGUACGAUUCGACACGCACUUCAAGUUCUGACGCUUCGGCCAAGCGAACCGGGACUUUCCACCGCGACUCAAUCGUAUCCGAAUCGGGGUCGGUCAUGUCUGCCACUGCCGCUGUGCAGCAUACGAUGCCCGCCCUCUUCGCCGACUCUGGAUGGGACAAGCUCAACACAACCAUCCUCUCCACCAGCAACUGCGGCAAUCCAUCCCUAAGACAAUUCGGCUUUGGGCCAACGGCCGCAGAUGGAUUCGGCAUUGGCUACAUCAUCAAGGACGGCAGCAUCUCCAUCUGUGCGUCGUCAAAGCAUAGGCAAACGGGGCGCUUCAUCGAUGCGUUGGAAGCCUAUCUCCUCGAGAUGCGCAGGCUUCUUCGACUGGUCAAGCGUCGCGGAACGUCCGUUGACAAGAAUGCCACAAGAGCGCGAGAGCUCGAGAACCGUCCCAAGCCCACCCGCAUGAAGAGCCGCGGCCGACUAGUCGUAACUGAUGGGAAGCCUUCCGCACCCAUCCCAGACGAUGUCACCGAAUCUGACGAUGAUGGUCUCGGUGGAUGUAGGGCACCCCCUUCCCCUCCUCUUGACGUAAAACAAGUUGCAAAGAUUACAUUGUCUUCCGCUCUUCCCCCAACACCUCCCUCCUCUCCUCCCUUUACUCCUCUCACCACUGUUCACAUGAGCUCUUUGCGACUGCAUACGCCCGUUCGGCACGUGCAUGUCGAGAAGAGAUCAAAUACAGUGGUUAAGAAGGUGUAUUUUACGUGUUGACAUUUUCUCGCUUCUUCGGCCCUUAACGUCUCACUGCAUGUUUCUUGCAGCUCUUCAUAGACAAGAUUUUC